GUCGUGGAGACCUGCCCGCUACGGCGCAGCCAGCCCCAGGCCAAUCCCCUCUUCCCACCUCGCUCGCUUCUUCUUCCUUCCCUUCCCCUCCCCGUUCCCCCCCACCUGCUCUGCCUGCUUCUUUCCCCCUCCCCACGCGCGCGCACCAUCGGCUUCCUCAUCACCCACCCCACCGAGACUGUACUCUGUAGCCAUACCACACCCCUCCUACCACUGCAAGGCCGGCCGGCCCGCCCGCUCGCCGCUUCCUCGCGUCUCGAGUCCGUGCCUGCCUGGUGCGUCGAUCGACCCCGAGUCCCGACCCCGGCCGCCUCUCACGGUGGUGGUGGUGGUUCUUCGACGCCGCGGUGGGCGGGGGGCACGCGUGUGGUUCGUGCAAGCCGGAGGGAGGGGGUUCUGCUGUGACUGUGAUGGCGGCGGCGAUGUGCGUGGAUGACGAGGCCGCCUCCGCCGCCGCGGAAAGCGCGGGGGUCGACAAGCUGGAUCUCGGCGCGGCCGCGGGCGGCAAGAGGAGCGUCUACCUCAUGGACUGCGCGCCGGUCUGGGGCUGCGCGUCCACGCGCGGCCGCAGCGCCGAGAUGGAGGACGCCUGCGCCGCGGCCCCGCGGUUCGCCGACGUGCCGGUGCGCCUCCUCGCCAGCCGCAGGGACCUCGACGGCCUGGGCCUCGACGCCGGCGCGCUCCGCCUGCCGGCGCACCUGUUCGGCGUCUUCGACGGCCACGGCGGUGCCGAGGUGGCCAACUACUGCCGGGAGAGGCUCCAGGUACUCUUGAGGCAGGAGCUGAGGCUACUCGGCGAGGAUUUGGGGCAGAUUAGCUGCGACGUGGACAUGAAGGAGCACUGGGACGAGCUGUUCACCGGAUGCUUCCAGAGGCUGGAUGACGAGGUGUCAGGGCAGGCGAGCAGGCUCGUCGGUGCCGUCCAGGAGUCACGGCCGGUGGCCGCCGAGAACGUGGGCUCCACUGCGGUUGUCGCCGUCGUGUGCUCAUCCCAUGUGGUGGUCGCCAACUGCGGGGAUUCGCGUGCCGUUCUCUGCCGUGGGAAGGAGCCAGUAGAGCUGUCGAUUGAUCACAAGCCUGACAGGAAGGAUGAGCGCGCGAGGAUUGAGGCCCUGGGAGGCAAGGUCAUCCAAUGGAACGGCUAUAGGGUCUCCGGUAUACUUGCUAUGUCAAGAUCGAUUGGGGACCGAUAUUUGAAACCAUUCGUCAUUCCAAAACCAGAAGUCACCGUUGUUCCUAGGGCGAAAGAUGACGACUGCCUCAUUCUUGCAAGUGAUGGGCUGUGGGAUGUAGUGUCGAAUGAAGAGGCAUGCAAAGCUGCGCGUCGGCAGAUCCAGCUGUGGCACAAGAACAACGGUGUCACAUCAUCAUUGUGUGACGAGGGUGAUGAAUCCAAUGAUCCUGCUGCACAAGCUGCUGCUGAUUAUCUUAUGAGGCUCGCACUGAAGAAGGGUACCGAGGACAAUAUCACUGUCAUUGUGGUUGACUUGAAACCUCGAAAGAAGGCCAAGAGCAACUCAUAACACUGGGAUGGAUCCAUCACGGUAGAGCUGACCAUGAUAUGUCCAAAGGCUUCUGCUGCUAGUUGUUGGUCGUCCGCAAGAGACUUGACCCCACAGGUUUUUUUCGUUGGGCCUCAAGAACUGUAGGUGCAUUUUCCAUGGAGGGUUAUGAUGCUUAACCCCACUCUGGUUUCUGAUGGCUAAAACAUUCUCUCCAGUCGGCUUCUACCAUGAGCCCUGGCACUUAGUAUAUCCCUAAUGUUGUAUGAUAGUUGAACUUGUAAAGAGACAAGCGGCUGAGACGGUCACUAAAAUUAACAUAUUGUUACUUCAUGAUUCAAGGACUAUCCAUCUGCCUGAAUCCGAUG